GCGGAGCUCGCCGACGACUCCGAGGAGGGGGAGGAGGCCCGCGCCCCCGCCGCGCCGGCGGCCCUCCGCCUGGCAGCCCAGGCGGUGUCCGCCGCCGGCGGCGGCGACGUCUGGGCGGUGCGCGCCACCGACCCGCCGGCCGCGCAGGGCCUGGCCGAGGCGGCCGCCGCAGAUCCGGGCAGCCCGCGCAGCCCCGCGCCCGCUGGGGCGCGCGCGCGGGCAGUCGCUGGCAGCCCCCUCUCAGGAGGGGGGCGCCCGCACGCCGCUGGCGGCGAGCCCUCUCGCCGACCGCGCGCCGCUGGGGGCGAGCCCGCCCGCGGGCGGCCGCACGCCGCCGAGGGCGGGCCCGUUCGCGAGCGGCCGCGCGCCGCUCGGGGCGAGCCCGUUCUUCGGCGGCGGCACGCCCGCGGCGGCGAGCCCGGAGGCCAGCGCGCCAGGCAGCCCCUGCAGCUCGCAGUGCCUCGGGGGCAGCCCGCAGCGCCUCGGCAGCCCCCAGAAGCAGCCCAGCGCGCGGAGCCUGAGCUUCGGCGGCUUCACGCCCGGCGGCGGCCUCGGGCGAGAGCGGGCGCCCCCCUCGGAGGUGGACGCCUUCACGCAGGAGACCCUGGCCCGGUGCGUCCGGGGCAGCGUGGCGGUGAGCGUCGUCACCGCCCCGGCGCACGCGGAGGCGCUGGACGUCUCCAGGGCGCAGUGGCUGGCGUGGCGCACAGGCGGCGACGUGCUUCACAUGCCAGGCUUCGGCCCCGCGAUGCAGGCGGAACUCGAGGAC